GACAAUCUGAAUUAUGGCAGGCGAGCUCAAUGAAGGAUCAGUUCCUCCAUACUACAGGGAGGUGUAUGAGGCCAUCCGGAGUAAGAUAGAUGAACGGGUGCAGGUGGAGGUCUUCCAGAGGUUGCUCAGCAGGACAGAUCUUCCCAGUGCUGUGCAGGGCCAGAUUGCUGAGCAUGUUGACUACACUGAUGGAUUCUUAAGCAAGUUGUCCCUCUAUAAAGCACUGGCGUUGAUUGCACUUGCUCAGCAAGGAAAGCAACCAAGCCCGAAACUCUUGGAGAACUGCAUACAAGAGUUCCCUAAGCCCCAACUUGGUGAGUUCAAGGACCUCCAGAAUCUGAGGAUGCAGCCAACUAAGGAGAGCCCCCUCACGGUGUCCCAGACCCUGGGCAAGCUGCUGGCCAGGGAUACAGUCCAGGUGGAGCUAAUUCCUGAGAAGAAGGGUCUGUUCCUCAAACACGUGGAGUACCAGAUCACCAGCCAGCAUUUUAAGAUAUCCGUUUACCGGCGGUACAGUGAUUUCGAUGUCUUCCACGAGCUCCUGCUGCAGAGGUUUGCCUACAGAAUGGUGCCUGCACUGCCGCCUAAGAGAAUGCUGAAAGGAGUCCUGACCUCCAUGUCUGAGCGGGACUUUAUAGAGGGAAGGCGGCGUGCUCUGGCCCGGUUCAUCAACCUAGUGGCACGACACCCCUUCUUCUCAGAGGACGAACUGGUCAAGACCUUUCUCACCUUCAACGGCUCGGACGUUCAAGUGAAAAUGCGUGAUGCUUGCAAGAAAAUGGGAGAUGAAUUCAUGACGAAUAGAAUGGCAACUCUGGCAAAGGAAUAUCUACCAGCUGAUAUCCAGGCCCAGUUUUCAUCAAGCAGGGAACUGAUCAAGAAUAUCCACAACAGCUUUCACAAGCUGCGGGACCGGGCAGAGAAGAUGGCCGAGCGCUCCAAGGAAAACGCCACUGAUUUGCUAAUGUUUGGAAGGGAGCUCAGUACACUGGGCUCCGAUGGUUCACCCAUUCCCUCUCUGGCCUCAUCCCAAAGCACCUGGAGCAUUCUCCGUCAGUCUCUGAAAGGCCUUUCCGUGGAGUUUGCUCUGCUAGCCGACAAAGGUGCUCAGCAGGGGAGGAGAGAAGAGGACGAUGUUGUGGAAAAACUGAAUCUAUUCUUGGAUUUGCUGCAAUCAUACAGAGAUCUGUGUGAGCGGCAUGAGAAGGGAGUAUUGCACGAGCACCAGAAAGCGCUGCAGAAGUAUGGUAUGAUGAAGAGGCAGAUGAUGAGUGCCACAGUGCAGCCCAAAGAGCAGGUGUCUGUGGAGCAACUGGAGUCUCGCAUUGUGCAGCAAGAGAACGCCAUUCAGACCAUGGAACUGCGGAACUACUUCUCCCUGUUCUGCCUUCACCAGGAGACUCAGCUCAUCUUCACUUACCUGCCCAUCACCUCUCACAUCCUGGGAGCCUUCGUCAACUCACAGGUCCAAGGACACAAAGAGAUGGGUGCAGUGUGGAAUGAUCUCCAGCCGAAGCUUGGGUGUCUCUUUGGUGUCAAUGGAAUGCAAUCCCCUCCUCUUACACCCAAGUAGACUCCCAUGCUCUCUCAACAAACAAUGAAGAUGCUGCUUUGCAAGCCAAGAUACAGUCAAAGUCUCAGAAUGUACUGAUGGUGAACUGUUUUCAUAAAACCUUGAAAAACACUACAAACUGUGCCUUAAGUAACAGUGGUGUGGUGGAGGGUAAACGCAAGUAGCCUAAUGCAGUUUACUCACCUUUUUUUCUUUAUGGAACAGUUUAUCCACCUUUUGCAGAAAAAUGCAUUGAAGUAUAGGGAGUGUUACUUUUUUCUCUGCUACUGGUGAUCAGUUUACCCGCCUUUUUUUUUUACCACUGCAUCACUGAUUUCAAUGAAUGGAUGUGGUCUGCAGCUCAUGAUAAAUUAUACUGUAUGUGCAUCCUCAUUAGGGAUGUCACAGAGGUUGAUCAAAGGAGCUCAUUGGGAAGUGGAAGAGUGCUUUGAAGAAUGUGUGGUGCUGAUGCUGCACCAUCGUUGAUGCUGCUUUGCUGUACGAGAAGAGGACAAUAUUGCUUUCAUAAUUGAUAUACGGGGAACGUUUUGUUGAAAAGAAAUCCACAAAAAGCUGGACCUUUCUGUGUUAUUUUGUAGCUCACUGCCUUUACCAUAUGAGGGACUUCUUACCUACACUUCUUGGAGGAUUAUUCAGCUAUGUUGAGGUAUAAUGUAGUGUCUUAUUGCAGGCAGACAAAUGUAAGAAUGUAUGUGCAUGUAAGAAAACACUAAUUAAGCUGAUUGAAGAUGUUGCCACACAGGGAAGAUGUGUUUCCUGGCCGCAGCCAGGGGGUGGCAAUAUACCCUUUGUGUUUAAAAUUACUAGUGUAAAUGUUUAAGAUGUUUAGAAAGAUUCUAAUCAGGGAACAGACUCAUUUCCAAAAGACAGGCAACCCAAUAUAUAUUUAAGGAAAUGUAGUAGCAGCAUGCUAUUCAAUGGUUUGUUAUAAAGUACAACAUAGGUAUUAAUCAUCCUACUGACCACACUUGUGCAAUUGGGCUUGCUAGCUUGUUGUCUUUAAAUUCAUGCAAAGGACUUCAGAUUCUUUGCUUCAAUCGAAUCUUAGUUGCAAUACUGUGAAAAGCUACUUCAGUUUCUACGCCUGAGCCGAGCAAGCUAUUAAGAGGAAGAAGAGGUUUGAUCAAAUUAAAAUAAUGUGUGAUUUAUGGCUGUUAUAACACUCCACGUGAACAUACCAAAGAAACAUGCUACAGUGCCACAUAGUCAUUAGUGUAAUUAUCAUGUAAUGUUUUAUUUCAGGUAGAAAUUAAAUGUGCUCUGUGUUAAUGCUUCUAACCUGUUUGCAAUGUUUCAGUUUCAAUUAAGAUAUGGUGGUUCAGUGUUUUCUCAAUGUAGAUUUAAAUAAAACUAGAUUUAAUAUUUUUCUUUGUGUAUGUAAUAUUCUGAUUUAUCUUGUCCGCUUUGUCAAGAACACACCCAAAGAUUUAUCUUGUCCUUUUAUUCAAAGGUAUACAUUACGAUUCCAUGUCUAAAGAAUAAGAUUGUUGGUAAAGUUUGUCAUUAUUUUAUCUGAUUAAAAGUUAAACCAGCAAUUUUUCACUAACAAUUGAAGGUUUACGUAACCACCCUCUUCUUGCAGGAUGGGCAAAUUGCAUGUGUUUUACACGUAAUGAAUGUACAUGAAUGAGGCUGUGUAAGAAAACAAAAUGUAUCCCUAUUACAACUGAGUAAUAUUAGAGAGCUCCGGGGCAAUACAUUGUUAUUCUAUGCAUUAUUUUUAGUCUUCUCUGUGGAACUGUUAAUUGGUUCCUCACAAGUUCGUAUUAUUAUGUCAUGAGCUUAUUUUUGGCAAGUCUCAGAUAAGAGGAACAAAUGUUUUAUAUGAUCUUUGAGAAAGAAAAGCGGAACUAGGUGAAGGAUGUAGAUACAGAAAAGUUUAACUAUUGUACAGUUUUAUGUUGAAUCUCACUUGACAUUAAAUAAAAGGUAUCAGAUACCGGCCUCAUU